AUGAAGGUUAAAUUGAGGAAAAUAUGUUUUGAAAAUAUAAAGAUUAAAAACAAUUCUUUAGUUGGAGCCAAUCUUGUAAGAUGCAAUUUAAAUGAAUCUCAAUUAGAAAAUUUGGAUAUAAGUGGGGAUAAUUUGAAUGAAGCUUAAUUAUUUAAUUGUCAAUGGAAAAAGUUGAGAAUACAUGAGUUACAUAAAUUAGAUAGUUAUAAUAAUACUGUCUAUUCAUUAUGCUUCUCUCCAGAUGGUAUUGCAUUAGCAUCUGGUAGUAGGGAUAAUUCUAUUCUUUUAUGGGAUAUUAAGACAGGAAAAUAAAAAUCCAAAUUGAAUGGUCAUAGUGCUGCUGUCUAUUCACUACUUCUCUCUAGAUGGUACUACAUUAACAUCUACUAGUAGCGAUAACAUUAUCUGUUUAUGGAAUGUUAAGACUGGACAAUAAAUUUAAAUUUUAGAUUAAAGUUAAAAGAUAAAGUUUCAUUGUUCUAAUCCUUCCUUUAAAACAAUAAUUUUUCAGAAAAAGGUGGUAUUGAUUUUAAUUUCAUUUAGUUAAUUCGAAUUUAACUAUUCUUGCAAUAUCCUAAUAUCCGAACUUAUAAGCAUAAAAAGCUUUAAUUUUCAAAGGAGAAUUUUUUUUAAAUCAUUCAGGGAUUGAAUUAAGAAAACUAUUUUAAUAAGAAGGAAGCUACAUUUUGGAAAGCUAACUUUAAAUUUUAUAAAACAUAAUUUAAAAUUGA